CUAUUUAUAAUGUUGAAUACUCUUAAUAGUGUGAGACAUUCUGAAAAAACUGUUUGGUCUAAAACAGAUAAUAUUACACCAUGCUACAAGUAUCUUUGAAUAAUUUUAGCCCGAUAUCACAACCAAUGGUUUUGGGGACGCCAAUUUGCGCCCUUUACUAGUAGCUUUUCAAACAAUAUUACAUCUUUGUUAAAUGUAUCUUGGGCCGUUUUAGCCGACACUUUAUAUGGUCUCAACUUAGUAGUGUGUUAUAUCUAUCCAUGUAGUAGUAAAAAAAUCUUUGCUAUGGAUAUAAAUAGGCGUAGCCACAACUUGGGAGCCAAAUGGACAAUGCGUUAGAGUUGGAUUUUUCCUCUGUUGAAUAAGUGACUAGAUAGUAGAAAUUGCCGAGCGAGUUUGGUGUCAAAUGGCAGAAUCAAACCCAAGAGAGUCAACUCUACUAGCUUCCAAAAUAUGCAAUCAGAUAAGCUCUGUCUUCUCCAACACCAGCACAAGAACCCCUGCCUUGGAAGUUGUGGUACAAGAAAUCGCAGCCGCUGCGACCCGCAACGGCAAGGUGUUCGUGUACGGCGUGGGCCGUGAAGGGUUAAUGCUGAAGGCCCUAUCAAUGAGGCUUUUCCAUCUGGGUUUAUCAGCCCACUGCGUCUUCGACAUGAACACUCCUCCAAUUGGGCCGCCGGACCUCCUAAUUGCCUCCGCCGGCCCAGGAGGUUUCUCCACCGUGGAUGCAAUCUGUGGUGUGGCGAAAUCCAACGGUGCUCGUGUGCUGUUGCUGACAGCUCAGACCGAAUCCGGAUCUUCUGUGAAGUACGCGAGUGUGGUUGCUCAUAUUCCGGCUCAGACAAUGGCUGAUGAUAAUGUGGAGCAGGAAAAGUCGCUGCUUCCGAUGGGGAGUUUAUACGAAGGAGCCAUGUUUGUGCUGUUUGAGAUGGUGGUUUAUAAGUUGGGUGAAGUUUUGAAGCAGAGUCCUGAAGCUGUGCGAGCACGCCAUACCAAUCUGGAGUAAGCAUAAACGUUGAGGUUAAAAUAUUUGGUUUUUAAACUAAGAUGGGAUCAUCUGUACGGUGUACCCAGUGGCUGAGCUAGGUUGAAGAAAGGGGAAUUCAAUUCGUUUAGUUAUAUAUCAGAGAAAAUUCUAAUGAAGUAGCAAAGGAUGUUCAAACAUUGCUACUUUUGAAUUCUCUUGCAUAAAUUCCUGCUCUGUCGUUCCUUGAUUAUGAUGUCUUUGUGUUUGUGAGUCUACUAGUUUUAAGCUUAAUCUGGUUUCCUAUUUGUGCCCAACACAACACAAAGGAGGACAAGAUAAGGAGUAAACUUCCCUCAUUUAUCUUA